CAACACCCUCUCCCCAAACGCCUAAUUUUUUUUCCACCACUCACUAAGACUAGCAAACACAUCAAAAUCCCAAUAUGCAUAAAAGUUUAGCCAUAGCAUGAACAAAGGAAAUCAUUUCAUUCUCGAGAGACUUGCACAGAUUGAGAAGAAGCUUGAUGAGCACAUUCAAAAGUAUCGGAUGACAGCACCUUCAACUCAUCUAGCCACCAUGACAAAUCCAUCUACUGUUGGCACUUCAUCCGGGCAGCCACCUGCUGAACCUUCUUCCAUGCUCAAAGCCUAAAACCUCAUGUUUCAAUAGUUUCUAUCUAUUUCAAUAUAUGUUUUUGUAGUCAAACAUUGUUUCAAUGGGUUUUUUGUGUAUAUGUAUAUGUAUAUAUAUUGUUGACAUUAUAUAAAGUAAAUUUGAAUAU